AUGGCAGAAAGACCACUGUUGACACCAGAUCUAGAUGAGGAAUCCGUAGAUCAAACUGAAUAUCGAUCGAUGAUCAGAUCUCUAACGUAUUUGAUUGCCAGCAGACCUGACAUCAUGUUUUCUGUCUGUCAAUGCGCUCGUCAUCUGGCUAAUCCUAAACUUCCCCAUUUAAUUCUUGUUAAAAGUAUUUUUAGGUACCUUAAAGGUAGCGCUAAAUUGGGUCUUUGGUAUCCUAAAAAUCCCGAUUUCGAUUUAUAUGCUUUUGCUGGCAGCAACUAUGGAGGUUGUGAUCUUGACAGGAAAUCUACAUCGGGUGGAUGUCAGUUCUUAGGGGACCGAUUGGUGUCAUGGAAAUGCAAGAAACAACAAAUGAUAUCGACCUCAAUGGCUAAGGCUGAAUAUGUUGCCGCCUCAGCCUGCUGCUCUCAGGUUAUCUGGAUUCAACACCAAUUGUUGGAUUACGAUUUGAACUCUCUUGACACCUCCAUUUUUUGCAAUAAUGAUGCGGCCAUUCAAAUUGACAAAAAUCCUGUUCAACAUUCAAAAAUCAAUCAAAUCGACAUUAAAGUUCAUUUUUUGUAA